GAAAAAAAGGAAACCAUCAAUCAUGGACCUACACUAAUUAUCCACGGUGGCGCUGGAAAUGUUGGAAUUGUUCCUCGAGAUGCGUUUAAAUUAGAACAAGAGAUUCAUGAGGCAUUAAAAAAUUCACUUUUUGCUGGACAUCAGAUUUUAAAGAAUGGUGGGAGUUCUUUGGAUGCUGUCGUAGAGGCUGUUUGUGUUAUGGAAGAUUUUCCCUUGUUCAAUGCUAGGAAAGGAUCUGUGUUCACUCGUGAUGGAAAGAUUGAACUCGAAGCCUCAGUCAUGAUCGGUACGCCAGAUCACCCGGCCGGUGCUGCCACAUUACUCCACACCGUAAAAAAUCUAAUAAAACUAGCCAAAGAAAUUCUUCUUGACCCACAAGUUCCAAACGUGUUUCUAGGUGCUCAACGAGCAGAAGAAUACGCGCGAGAAAAAGGCUUGAAAUUAGUUGAUCAAAAAUAUUUUUGGACUGAACGACGAUGGGAACAACAUAUGGAAGGAUUGAAAAAACAACCAGGAAAUAUAUUAUCACCUACGGAAAUUGACGCGAAAGAAUCAAAUAUUAUUUUGGAGAAGGAGGUUGGAUCAAUGGGAAACGUGGGAGCUGUUGCCGUUGAUAAAGAUGGAAUUAUUGCGGUUGCUACUUCGACUGGUGGUAAGGCUAAUAAGAAAGAUGGUCGUAUUAGCGAUACAUCCAUGAUUGCAGCCGGAACUUGGGCAGACAAUGAGACUUGUGGUGUUAGCGGAACUGGAGAUGGCGAUUAUUUUAUACGAUACGCAACUGCCCACGACGUCGCUGCCCGUGUAAAAUAUCUCGGUGAAAAUAUAUCCGACGCUGCAGAACAAGCAACCAAU